AUGGUGGUCGCGGAGGGCCUGAAGCUCACCGAGUUUGAGAUGAAAGAGACGCUCGGCACGGGGAGCUUUGGCCGGGUCCGCCUCGUCAGAUUCCGGCGCGACGGCCGGCACUACGCUCUCAAGAUCCUGAAGAAGGCGGAGGUGAUCCAUCUGAAGCAGGUAGAGCACGUCAAGACGGAGAAGCAGGUGCUUGCGCAGGUCUCGCACCCAUUCAUCGUCAACUUGUGCGGCGCCUUCCAGGACGCCCUCAACCUCUACCUGCUGAUGGAGUACGUCAUCGGCGGCGAGUUCUUCUCGCACCUGCGACGGGCGGGCCGCUUUCCCAACGACACAUCGCGUUUCUACGCCGCCGAGGUGGCGCUCGUCUUCGAGUACCUGCACAAGCGCAGCAUCCUUUACCGUGACCUCAAGCCGGAGAACAUCCUUCUCGACAGGGACGGCCACGUCAAGGUGACCGACUUUGGAUUUGCGAAGCAAGUGGAGUACCGCACGUGGACGCUCUGCGGCACGCCAGAGUACCUCGCGCCAGAGAUCAUUCUCUCGAAAGGGCACGGCAAGGCGGUGGACUGGUGGGCGCUUGGUGUGCUCUGCUACGAGAUGCUCGCGGGCUACCCGCCCUUUUACGACGAAGACCCGCUCGGCAUCUACCAAAAGAUUCUCGAGGGGAAGCUGAAAUUCCCGUGGCACUUUGACCGGCAUUCGAAGGACCUGAUCAAGAAGCUGCUCACCGCGGACUUGACCAAGAGAAUAGGCAACCUUAAGGGCGGAGUGGAUGAUAUUAAAAAGCACAAGUGGUUCACUGGGCUCGACUGGCAAGGCGUCCUGUCGAUGCAAGUCAGCCCGCCGAUCAAGCCGAGCGUGCGGAGCGACCACGACACGUCCAACUUUGAGAAGUAUCCCGAUUCCUUCGAGGAGGGCGCGCCGAUUGACAAACGCGAUCAAGAGCUAUUUGUGGACUUUUAG